UAUAUAGGAAUAUAUAUAUAUGAAUUAUGAAAAAAGAAAUUUGAUAAAAAUGAAAAGUAAAAUUUGCCAUUACUGUAUUUCAACUGCAGAUCAAAUUUCACAUAGGUAUAAAUACGUAAACAAGAGAACGAUAUUCGAUCAAAUCGAUUAUACAUUUAUGUGUAUCCCGUCCUAAUAAGGUGACAUCGAAAUGAGAGUUUCGUUCAAGGUAGUAGCCCACUUUCGUUUUCAAAUAUUACGAUAUGUUCAAUCGAAUGAUCUAUAUCUAUCUAUUUAUCUAUGUAUACAUACAUACAUACAUACAUAUAUACAUACAUACAUACAUACAAACAUACAUAUAUACAUACAUACGCACACACAUUUAUAUUAUGUCGACAUAUAUAAUUGUCAUCUAAAUCUACAACAAUCUUCGAUGAUGAUCAUCAUUGAUUCAACGAUUCAACGAUUUAUAUAAAAAAUGUAAAAGAAAAUAUCUUUGCAUGUUAGAUUCGGAUGGAACGUCAACCUGGUUGACGUCCUUCUACGUUUUAUCAGCACUCUUUAUAUUAUUAUAGUCAGACAUGAAGUUGGGACCUUAUAGUACACGACUAUCGGUGAGUACUUUCGCCGAGUUGGUUACGUAGUGGGGGAGUUGGGACUUGAACCCUGAGACCCCAUGAGCCAUAUAUACUACGGGAGCAUGCAGCUCUCUUGCUACUUGCUGUCAGCUUCUCGACGAUCCCCGUUCUUAACAGGCAACGUUCUUCCACACGUAAAUCGAGAAGGGCAAUUGUGGCGUUGAACGAUAAAGAAACAAUAUCCGAAGCGAGUACGUCGACACGUGGCAGGAACGUGGAUAAAGAAUGUAGGACGGGCAUGAAGAUCCUGAUCGUAUCAUUAUUGAUAUGCAUCGUGGCAUCAGAACCAGGCUUGUUGAGGGUACCAAAAAUAUACAACGCUGUUAUCACAAGUAAUCAAAAUCUUUCACCGUCGAGAGCUUAUCCAGUGAUACAACCAGUGAUACAUCGUACUGCGAUUGGUUACGUGCCACCAUUUUAUUAUGCUCACGUAGCACCUCAUCUUGCUGGACCAGAGGUGGUACAUCUUCCGCGUACCGAAUCACCGAAUAUUGGAAAUACCGAGAAACCGGAAGAUGAUGCUUCGAAGGAAUCAGUUACGGAAAAAGUCGAAGCUUUGGAAGGAUCUAACGAGAAGAAUAUUGGAGAAGAUUCGAAGAAGAAAAAAGGGAAAGGACAAAAUGGAGAGGACGAUGUGCCACUUAGCUUUUAUCCGAAUUAUCAAUCGCUCUAUUACGAUCCUUAUUUUUACACUUACAAUGCGUUUAAUCCUCAUCUGAUACCGGGAACAUAUUAUGUCGAUUAUCAACCAUUCGCACCGAUUCCUCCUGUUAUUCCAAAACCAGCAUCGACUGAACGUCUUCAAUCAAGUCAUAGCCGUGAUGAGAAUAAGGAUGGCAUUAGAAGGAAAGAGGGAAAUGAGAGAGAGAAGAUACCAGAUGUACCACCGCCACCAGUGCCAACGUCAUCUCCGAAUAACUCGCGUUGAGUUAUUUUAACGGAUGGAUGAUCGUGUUCUCAAAGUUCCAGUUUAUUAAUUUGUAAAAAAAGAAAAAGAAAAA